AUGCCCUGCGCCCCCGGCGGCUGCGAGCUGCACUGGCAGCAGCCGCGCUGGCAGCAGCUGCCAUCUCAGUCCACUUUCCCACAAGGCUCCGCCAUGCUCCGCCCCUCGACAUCGCGUUCCCUGAAUAGAUCGACGGGGUUCAGUGGCAGCACGACCGAUAGGUCCCAUCCGCUCUGCCUGCAGGCCUUGUGCAUUUACAACUUCUGGACGCCUUCACCGAGCCGUCGAAGGCAGGAGGGGGGCCCAGAGUGUGCAAAAAGCUCCAAGUCACCUCGUCGUGCCGUGCCGCAGUAUUCAAAGGUCCACUACGAGCUCGAUGAAGAUGGGGCGAAGGCUGCACCCAGCUCGCAAAGGACCACCGACUGGCGGGCAAUCACUCCCCUGGACGAUGCAGCUUUUGACCAGGAAAGGCUCUUGGAAUACAUCGGUGCUCGACCGUGGGAGAUCUUGCAGCGCUUGGCAUCAACUCUGUUCAUUGCUUUUGGGAUAUGGUGGGCGUGGAAGGAUCGCAGCAGUGAAGCCAGCGAGGCAACUCUCACGACUUCCCUCUCCCGAAAAGCUCCAACUACAGCAAGUGGUGAGGCUCUGCGCGCAGGGCUGCAGCGCAUGGGUGUCUUCUUCGUGAAGAUAGGUCAGACAGCAGCCCAGCGACCCGACAUCGUCGGCGACGAAGUCGCCGAGGAGCUGAAAGGCCUCCAAGAGCAAAGCAAGCCCUUCAGCGACGAGGUCGCCCUCGCCAUCCUCGCUGAAGAUUUGCAGCACACGGGCCCCCUGGCCCCCGGUGUCACUGCCAAGAACUGCACGGACCCUUCUGGGAAGCCACUUCUUAAGGAGCUGAACCCGAAGUACAUCGCUUCCGCCUCGCUGGGGCAAGUUUAUCGCGGCAGGAUGCACGAUGGGCGCGAGGUGGCGCUGAAGGUCCAAAGGCCAGGUGUGCGUGAAGUUCUGGGCCUGGACUGGGCGGUUGCGACAUUAGUGAGCCGCGCAUACCAGAAGUUGGUGUCUUCGCCGAAUGACUACGGCGCGGUUGUCGAUACCGUCGCGCGGGGAGUUCGAAUGGAGCUGGACUACCACAACGAGGCUGCGAAUGCCGAAGAGUUCGCUCAGCGGCAUGCCUUCCUGCCAUUUGUGACUUCGCCCGGCUGCAUUCCAGAGCUCAUGGGCCCAAAGAACAGCUCCCGCGUGCUCGCGUUGAACUGGUACCCGAGCCGCUCACCUGGGGAGCUUCCCGUGGAAGAACGUCGGCUGUUGGUGGAAAUGGCCGUGGAGGCUUGUGUCAUACAGCUUCUGGUGACCGGCUUUGUGCAUGCCGAUCCGCAUGAAGGUAAUCUAAGGAUGGGCGAUGAUGGCCGCGUCGUUUUUCUUGACUUCGGUCUUAUGGACCGUGUUGACUUCGGAAUCAUGGAGAGCUGCGCAGCCGGAGUUCGCCAAGUUCUCAACAAGAACUGGCUAGAACUGACGACGACAUUUCAGGAAGUGCGCUUUACCCCGAAGCCACUCAUGAAGAACAUGGCAUACGGCAAAUCGAAGACUCCACACUACGAGCCUUGUGGCAAUGAGGAGUUUGCAGUGGCCGUCGGGGAGCAGAUUGAAAUGGAGGCAGGUGGCCAGUCUCGGUUUGGGGCCAUGGCCGUAGCCUUGAAGAAGCUCUCAGAUCGCUAUCUGAUGCUGACACCCCCCUUUAUCGCGCUGCUGUGCCGAACGUUCAUUACACUGGAGGGGCUGUUGGGAGAUGACCCCGUCCUCGUGGAGUCCUACAACGUGUACCAGAAAUCCUUGCCAUUUGCCAUCAGCCGCCUUCUUUCCCCUCGCACCCGAAAGGGCUGCAGGGCCUUGCGCGGCACUUUGCUGGAUUCUGAAGGCAGUGGAGAAGGUACCAGCCAGACCUCUCUUCUCCCCAACUGGUCAAGCUUGAGCGCCCUCCUCACUGCGGGGUCGCAGGACGACGCGAACACUGCGGAGAGCGCCCUUGAUUUCACAGACCUCGGGGCAGAAGCGGCCGUGCAGCGGCGGCUGCUUCGAACGGCCGAAGGCGCAGCUUUGCGACGAAUUCUGUUUGACUCGGACAUCUUUGAGGCGGAGGUCAGAAGCCACGGGGACCUCGCAGUGCCGCGGCCUCCAGGCCGACCAGACGACCCCUAUAAGCUGUCUCAGACUACGCUGGACCACUCCCGACGCGCUUGGCGGAUCGUCAUGAGGCCAGAUGCGCAGAUCAUCUGGUUGGAUGCGGCAACUUCAAAAGUCGUGUCUUCCUCCGUGGCGGCUGUUCUGGCGAAUGCUCCUCCUGUGCGUGCAGGACAGCAUGACAGGAUAGUGCGCAUGCCACGCGCGGCCGGCGACGCCGGCGAUGACGCCAGUGAUGAGCUGCUGCACUGGAUCCGCGAAGCGGGGGGUGAUGGCGCAGUCAAGCGAGACGUGGACGCACAAGGCCUGCGCGGCCUUGUGGUGACGAAGCCGGUCCGAGCAGGAGAUGUUCUUCUUCAGGCAUGA